AUGGCAGAGAACUCAGGCUUGCCAAUUCUUGACAAAGCUCUUGACGAAGCAAACUUCUACCUUAAACAAAGUCUACCCCCGUGGAAUGAAGCGUCAGGUCUCCAAAGACUUAUAAUUUUCUUUUUCAAGCUUGCUAUUAUUUUACCUGUGCUUAUAUUAAUUGGCAUAAUCAUUGCUGGGUACUGUUACUUACUAUUACUUAAUUAAGUGGCUAGAGUCCACUUUCUUAGCUCGGUUACUGAGGAUCCCACCAGGGGAUUCAUCCGCUUUGGGGUAACGUUUACUUCCGAUCGCAGGAAAAGCGGGUUGCCUAGCUGUCACCUCCUCCUUGCUACUUCGUGGCAGCUCCAGUUUUGAGUGGGAAGACUACGGGUUCCCGGAACAUUGCUUCAGGUUGCAGCAACGAAGUUGCCUGCACAAAAAAUCAAAAAAAUAGAUUUUCUGGCCUAUUGUCUGCGAAAAGGAAAACUUGCAGCCCAAGCCGUAACCCCUGGUUUCACGGUGGCGAAUUCCCCGAUUGAUCCUAAGAACUUUGCUGGGCCACCCCUUUCCAACUUCCAAGCUCCCUUUGUCCUUGAGGUAAAACCCAAACCAGAAAAAAUGGCAAGGGCUAGGCUCCUAGCACAACAGAAAUUGCUUACUAGCAUAGCUGCCUAUUUCCAGCUUGAUAAAACCUUGCCGGAUAUAAUUAAAUAUGUGCCCGAAGGUUGCAUAGCCGGGAGGCCAUGCUUCAAGCUAAAGCACCAUAUUUAAUUAUUCCAUUGCUGGGUACUCACUGUAUAUAAUAUUUUACGUCUAUCCUUUGGUAUCUAGCACUUCAGAUUCCCCCGAUCUUUAUUUUUGGCACUCAAACUCCGAGAAAUUUACAGCGGAACUCCGAGGGUGGGUUUGCUUUGGAUUAAGCAGUUGGAAUUUAUUUUGGCUUUGCAUAAGUGUAUACAGAGCGAUGAUGACAAGUCCAGGAGAGGUCCCGAAUACUUCAACUUGGGAAAUUACUUCAAUUAAUAAAGAAGUGUCAGAAUCUACACCACUUACUACAGAAAAUAGGAAGGACGGAGGAAUAAGAAUAUGUGUCCAUUGCAAUUUAUACUAUAUAAAAUAAUAGUAAAUUUCAUAGGAUUCAUAUAUAAAUAAAACAAUUAUUUAAGGAAAAAAGUAUAAAAAAGCCAGACCGAUGCCAUCAUUGCAAGCAAUGUGGAAAAUGCUGCUUAAAAAUGGACCAUCAUUGCAAUUGGAUAGCAAAUUGUGUAGGAUAUUAUAACUACAAGUAUUUUUAUCUGACAAUAUUUUAUGGAGCUAGUGCAAUGGCAAUUUUUAUUGCUACGUUCUGGGAAAGUGUAGUGGUAGCGUUAUAUGAUAAAGAGACAUCAAAUUCAAUGUCUUUCAUUAUUGUUCUCACUUAUUCAUUAAUGACGAUGCUUGGAGUGACAAUAAUAGCGUUUUGCAUAUUCCAUACAUGGAUGAUAGCAAAUAAUUAUACGUCAAUUGAAUUCUGUGAAAAACGAAGGUUUAAGGUUCCAGGAUAUGAAAAAUCUGGUAUAAGUUUGUCUAAGAUUAAAAUUUUUUUAUAUUAAUUUAUGAAGAAUAGCCCACUAAGGAGUAUUUUUGGUUAGCUAAAAUAGGACAUGCCAACUAAUUAGGCAAGUUAAUGUCUGGCUGACCAAAAGAUGCUACUUAGUGAACUAUUUAUUGUAAACUAGUAUAUAUAGAAAUUUUCCCAUAGAUGGCGCUGUUUGCCCUUGAUUUGCCCAUGAGAAAAAUUUUUUGGUUCGACCAGUCCCAUAUGGUUUGGUCAAACCAAAAAAUUUUUCUCAUGUGCAAAUCAAGGGCAAACAGCGCCAUCUAUGGGAAAUUUCUAUAUUUAAAAAGAUAAAGUUUUUUUUUUAAAUUUUAUUAAUUGAAUGUGAUCUAAUUACUUUACUAACCUCUCAUUAAGAAAAAUUGCAGAGCUUUUGCCUCAGAAAUUUGUGCUCUCACCAAAAUCUCCCUAUUCUAUUUCAACAAUAGAAAAUUUUAAAGAAGCUUUAGGACAAAAUCCAUUAUUAUGGUAUUUCCCAUUCGAGUCAAGAGGCAAAGAAGAUAAAGGACUUUACUUCAAAUCCAAAAAGUAUUAA